AUGAAAAUGCACGUGGAUGCUAUGUCUGAUAGGACUGAUGAGAGUUCACAUGGUUACGGAGAAAACAAGAAGCCGAACAAAGAUUGUUCCUCUGAUGAGGAUGAGGUUCUCCUGGAACCGCGAUUCAAGUAUGAACGCUUAGAAGGCUCUGAUGCAAAACAGAUGAUUGCUUCUCAAGUUAUCACUGCUAUUGUUGCUCACCCGAAGUUGAUCACGGUCGGCACACAAAUGGGCUACGUAUGGAUUAUGGACCAUCUUGGUCAUGUCGAUCACCAAAACGUGCCGGUGACUCGUCCUCAUCGAAGUGCUGUCACAAGACUAGCUGUCGACGAAUUGGGAAACUACGUGAUGAGUUGUGCCAAUGACUGUCGUGUGACCAUUUCUGGAAUUGGUUCAAGCAAUCUAAACUACGUUUUGAAUCUCUCUGUUAUGCCCCGCUCAAUAGCAAUUAACCCAUUCUUUUCGAGGCCAACCUCUGUGCCAAUGUUUGUUGUCGGCGAACGAAAUUUAAUUCUUUAUGAAAAAAAGUUUUUCAAAUAUAAAGAGCUUGUGACAGAAGAAGACGGAUUUAUUACUCAGUCCUCCUGGAAGGAAUCUCUAAUAGCAUUCACUACCGAUAGGGGGACAAGAAUUUUUGACAGGUUUGUUUUUUCCUUCACGCCGUUUAGAUUAUCAUGUCAACUAAUUUCCUUUAUACCUAAAUCACAUGAUGUCGACCGCAUACGUUCUUCGCGAUUCCCUCCAAGUCAUUGUUGGCUUGACGAUUCCCAGCUUGCGAUAGCUUGGGCCGACACAAUUACUAUCGUCAUGGUACGUUUAAAGCAAGUCGAAAUUCAUUUCACUUGGCACCUCGACAUGUUUUGUUCUGGUGUUUCAUGUACGCUAGAUUCUUUUGGAACCUGGAAUGGCAUUGUCGUCUUUGGGCUGAAACCCAUUUGCGAUACCGAGGAUGCAGACUCGUUUUGCGACACUACCGAAGUCUACUGUUUUCAGCAUUUCCAGGUUUCUGUAACAUUUAAAAAUGUGUUUUUUCAGGCGACUCCAUAUUGUGCAGCAGACACUGUGAAAUGGCGUGUUGAAAACGGUUUACUUGAAGAAGCUUGGGAAUUGGCCCGAGAGAGAAAUGCCGAGCUAGAAGAUAGCAAAUGGGAUAGUCGAAGUGUAGGACGUGCCAUGAUUGAACACCUUCUUUGGUCUGGAAAGCCUCGUCAGGCGUCUGCAAGACUUUCUCAUUUGAAGGUUUGCGGCGAAUCCAGUGCUGAAUGGGAAUGGGCUGUGGGGGCAUUCGAACGUGCCCACUUUUGCACGCUUAUAGCUCAGGUUUUUUUGCCAACAUCGCACCCUCAACUUGAACCCGAAUGUUACGAAACCGUUCUGCAAGCAGCUCUGUAUAAUGAUGUGGACCUCUUCAAGCGUUUGGUGCAGCAGUGGUCGCCAGACUUGUAUAGAACCGGUAUUUUGAAAAAAUUCUAUGCUGAUUAUCCAUUAGUUGAUGAAAUUCGCCUCUAUCACGCUUUAGCACAUUUAUAUGUAUAUGAAGGAAAAUUCGAUUCUGCAAUAAAGAUCUACAUGAGCUUACGCGAUCAACAAAUUUUUGCAGUCAUUGAUAAAUACCAAUUUUUCGUAGCCGAUCUUAAUUCAAAACCAGUAAAAGAUCAGAUAUCGGAAUUGAUGCUUAUAAACACUGAUCUUGCUUUACGACUUCUUUUGGAUAACGAGGAUAGUGUGCCUGCUUCUUUGGUAAUGGCGAAAAUCGCUAGACAACCGAGACUUCAGAUGGCAUACUUAACGAAACUUCUUAACAAAAAUGAAGGAGCAGAAUUUGCUGAUCUGGCUGUGCGAUUAUAUGCUGAAUAUGACAGGAAAAAGUUGAUGCCAUUCCUUAGGAAGAACGAAAAUUAUCACAUAAGCAGGGCUCUUCAAGUCUGUAGACAGAAGAAUUUCAUUGAAGAGAUGAUUUUGCUACUGGGAAAGAGUGGGAAUCAUGUAGAUGCGUUGGAUCUAAUGGUGAAGAAGUACAAUCAGCUAGAUAAGGCUAUUGAAUAUUGCAAAGAACAUGAUGACACAGAUUUAUGGGAACGCUUGAUUGACGAAGUUAUUAAGACACCAGAUCAUGUAGCUCACUUACUCAAUCGUGCUGGCAGUAGUGUUGACCCGCUUCGAGUUAUCCAAAUGAUUCCGCCCACCAUGUCUGUGCCAGGGUUACGUGAUGCGUUGGUCAAGAUAUUGCGUGACUAUGCUGCUCGAGUUGAACUACAACGUGGCUGUCAUGAAGCAACUCGUAGCGAUGUCCGGAUACUUCUUUCAACCUAUCUACGCCUGCAAGCACUCUCGGUAGCAGUCAUUAGAAAAUUUUCACUGCUUUCGAUACUGUUAUUUAUCUUGGAGAAACGUGGGAGUGAACUUAGAGUUUUUAGUUGUGGGCAUGUCGCACAUUCAUUAUGUUGCCUCGAGUCAAAAUCUUUCAUGGCAGAUUUGAUGAAAGAAGAAAGAAAGAUGUUAUUAGAGCCGGGAGCUUGUGCAGCAUGCAGUGAGGCAACUUGA